AACAAUUUUAUUGGCGAAAACAACUAACUCAGAUUGGUUGGUACGUCAUGUGACUUCCGUAAUCAAAGUCGUCAUGGUGAUGUAUGGCCGCAAACUAGAAAACUGUCGUGAUUAUGUUUGCGAUGCCAUUUUCGCUGUGCUAAUGUGAAAACUUAACUGGGACUUUUAAUCUACUUUUAUCGAUGCUUUUCACAGAGGAUAUCAGGACAUUUGGAAUCAUAUGAAGGCGCUGUUUUAAGCUUCCCUCAUCCCAGGUGAACACAGAAGUCUGAGAAUGAGUCAGGGGUCUAACCUUAGAGAAUAUGUAUCCCACAAUCCUCCAGGGGUGACUUUCUUCCUGUGCCUCUUAAUUCUUGCAAUCUCAUUCAUCGUUAUCAGCUCUUACAGCUACUCUCACUCUCUACCUAACCCUGACAUAGAACAGGACUGGAAUACUCUACUUCUGUCCUUCUCAAAGUUUCCCUUGUGUGAGAAGGAAAAUGCAAGUUCUCCAGCCCACACCUCCCCAAUUGCUCCUUUGCAAACGAUGCAGGAAAAGGAUGAGAAAACAUCAAUAAAUGCAACAAGAAGUUCUUCUUCUGUCAUGGAUUUGCAUCUUCAUGUUCCUCUGUCUGUGACUCCUUCCUCACCAAGUGUCACACGGAAAGACAUUGUUCUGUUCACAACAUUAACAGCCAAACAGCUUAAGCUUGGAGACAAAGAACUUGUUAGGUUGAUAUUGGAGAUCUUACCUGAAGACAGUGAGCACAUAUGCCUCACUAUAACGGCUCCAAAACACAUCCUACCUAUGACUCUGCGCCCUCCAAAGUGCUCUGCAUCAGAGUCAAAUAUUUCAAGGGUUCCUGUGGAAGUGACCAAUCAGCUACCUGCAUCAUCUCAAACCUGCUACAGUAUGCACUUUAAGAAAGACCCGACCUUGACAGUCAUGUUAACUCUGGAAGAGCAAAGUGUGGCGGUGAAACAUCUGGUGGUAGUCAGCGUGACGCUGCUUGGUGUUUGUUUCAUUCUCUGUGUAGCUGCAAGCUUGAAAACCUCCGUCCCCCAUCGAGAUUAUCUUACAAGACAAAACUCUCAAAGUGAGCCUUUGAUUGAAAGUUGAAGUGUGACUGUCCUACACAGCAAGGAAAUUCUUUGGCGGAUGAAACGAAGCAAAAUAUUCCCACAUAUUUUACGACACACUGGUUUACAUGGUGUUGUUUGCACCAAAUACUUUUCAUUGCUGCUGACCUUGUUAUCCUACAUUUUGUUAUCCUAAAUAAAGUAUUUACAGAAAUGCUUUAGCAUU